AUGACCGGGUUGAUCAGCGAACCUGCCUGAUCUGCGGGGACAGAGCUACGGGUCUGCACUAUGGCAUCAUCUCCUGCGAGGGCUGCAAGGGGUUUUUCAAAAGGAGCAUUUGCAACAAGCGGGUUUACAGAUGCAGCCGAGACAAGAAUUGUGUCAUGUCACGCAAACAGCGCAACAGAUGCCAGUACUGCCGGCUGCUCAAAUGCCUCCAGAUGGGGAUGAACCGGAAAGCAAUCAGAGAGGAUGGCAUGCCAGGAGGCAGAAACAAAAGUAUUGGACCUGUCCAGAUAUCGGAGGAGGAGAUUGAAAGAAUUAUGUCCGGACAAGAAUUUGAGGGAGAGGCAAACAUGUCAUGGAGCAACAAUGGAGACAGCGACCACAGUUCCCCUGGAAAUGGAGUUUCUGAGAGCAACCAGCCUUCACCUGUAUCUACUCCAUCUUCAAGUAGGUCCAUGGAGCUGAACGGAUUUGCUGCACUCAGGGAUCAAUAUAUUGGGACGCCAGUGUCCACGCACUAUCAGUACCUCCCGCACCUUUUUAGCUAUUCUGCUCACUCGGCGCUGGUGCCCCCCCAGGCGCGCAGCCUGGACCCCCAGUCGCACAGCCUGAUCAACCAGCUGGUGUCAGCGGAGGACCUGGAGCCGCUCGGCACGCCGAUGCUCAUUGAAGACGGGUAUAAAGUGACUCAGGCAGAGCUGUUUGCAUUGUUGUGUCGUCUGGCGGAUGAAUUGCUUUUCAGGCAGAUUGCUUGGAUCAAGAAGCUGCCGUUCUUCUGUGAACUCUCGAUCAAGGACUAUACCUGCCUGCUCAGCUCCACCUGGCAGGAGCUGAUCCUGCUUUCCUCGCUGACUGUUUACAGCAAACAGAUCUUUGGUGACCUCGCGGACGUCACCUCCAAGUACUCGCCCUCUGACGAUGAGCUGCACAGAUUCAGUGAAGAGGGGAUGGAGGUGAUGGAGCGGUUGAUCUACCUCUUUCGCAAAUUCAACCAACUGAAGGUCAGCAACGAGGAGUAUGCAUGCAUGAAAGCCAUUAACUUCCUAAAUCAAGACAUUAGAGGUCUAACCAAUGCAUCCCAACUGGAGCAGCUGAAUAAGCGGUACUGGUAUGUUUGCCAGGACUUCACAGAGUACAAAUACCCGCACCAGCCAAACCGUUUCCCGGAUCUAAUGAUGUGUUUGCCAGAGAUACGAUAUAUUGCAGGAAAGAUGGUGAAUGUCCCGCUGGAGCAGCUGCCUCUCCUUUUUAAGGCCGUUCUGCAUUCCUGCAAGACCAGUGUGAGCAAAGAGUGAGCCCAGCUUGCCCCGGCCGGUGCCUUACUCUGUGCCUCAGGCAGGGAGCAGGCUCGCCUCCAGAGGAAGGGGGAAACAUGAUCAAGGCAGGAGGGAGGUGCUGAGACAGGGCAAUGGGUGUCCCUGCCGCUGUAGCAAGAAUCUUUUGUUUGUUUUUGUUGUUUUUUUUUUACUCUUUUUCCUAUAUAUUUAUUUCACGACAGAGUUGAAUGUAUGAUCUUCAACACGAUGCACAUGGUUCUGUAUGAAUGCAGCAGAUGCAUUCUCCAGCAGUUUACAGAAUGUGAAGAUGUUUAAAGUUGCAGUGUUUGUUAGGGUUAGUUCUUUUGUAUUUUGGGGCUGGGGACUGAGAUGACUAAGACUACCUCAAGGAGAAGAUGCUGUUCGCACACUGCUCUUUUCGUGAUUUGUAUCCAGAAGUGUUUGUCGUAGAAUUCAAACUGCCUCACCUCAUUGACAGAGCUGUCAGUAUCCCAAAUGGACGAUUUUGGAAAAGGGGGUGUUAGAGAAGUGCCAAGCUUUUUGGUUUGUUUAAAAAACUUAAAAAAAAAAAAAAAAAAAAAAAAGGGAGUGGAGAAGAAGGGAAAGUCUGUCUAGCCAGUAGUUUCCUUUUCCUCCAGCAGUUUUCAGAUGCAGGUGGUAAUGCCUGUGGUUUUCUUGAAUCCUGCCACCAGGUUUGGAGGGCUCCUGAGCCAAGAAGGGCUCUCACCCAUUCCCAGCUCGAUCUGUGGGAUGGCGAGCUGCCCUCCUUCCCUAGCCUCCCCAGCUGGGCUGCCUCUGCUGCUGCAAUGCCUUUCUGUUUAAUUGAAACUGUGCUGUUGCAGUUCAUAGCAGGCUCCCAGCAUGGCAGCAGUAAGGUUCUCUUGUUGAGAGAGUGAGACCUGCAAAUAAUUUCUAAUUGCUUCCUUAACAUCCAUUUCAGGUUCAUAAAAACAGGAAAAACCUACUGAGGGAAGAGGCAGGGUUGCCCCUUUUAGUGUAUUCCCCAAAGAUGUCAUUGACUACUGAGGAGACUUCUGCAUUGCAGCCAUCAGAAGCAGCUCAUUUCUGGGAACUGCUAACUUACCCUGUGAUGAAAUGCAGCCUGCAUAAUGGUGACAAAAGGACUCCAGGAUCCUCUGGCAUGGCUUUGUCUGCUGGACUCGGGGAGUGCAUGAUCCGUAGUUGUAUCCUGUCAAGAUAGUUUUAUUGUUUGGUGAAAUCCCUUCUUACCAGGAAAAAUUGGUAUGGCUACACAAGAUGGUGAGCUGUUUGUCCCAGGUGUUGGAAGGCUUGGGUUUUUCAUCUAGCAACCUCCACACCACUCCAGCGAAUGGCGGAAUGGCUUAAUGACAGCCGGGUAGCUGUCUGAGUAAUUGCUCAAUGCUGGCAUUUGUCUCAGUUUGAGUAUCUCGUGGGUAAUCUCCUGGCGUCCUUCCCAUAGUGGUGGUGGGGAGUUUCAGGGAGGUACUCUUAUUCUGAUUUUGGGUGCUGAUUCUGUUGCAGCCUAAGAGCCCUUGUGAGCCACUGGCUUGGCACUCUCUGGGUUACUCGGCAGCGAUGUGGGGCUCCGGGUGCUGCCUGGAAGAGCUGGCUGCUCGCUGAGGCUGCCCCUCGGGGGCGUGCUGCUGGCUAACAGCAGACCCAGGGCAGCAUUGCGUUCUUUGGAAUUCUGCCUGGGAAUCUUCCAGCUUGAUGGUUUCCCUUUUCUAAAAGUCCACUAGCUGUUCAUUUUUCACUAUUUAAAUAUGAUGUUACGGGUAACAGCUGCUGGGACCAGCAGCAGUUCAGUUUGAUAGAGCUUCACAAAUCCAAAGUUGGUUCUGUAAAUCUCAUUUACUUUCUGAUUGUAAAAUGAGACAAGCACAUAUUUCUCAGGAAGGCCUUCUGCAUACAUCGUAUACCUCAAGUGUAAAUGGGAAGAUUUUAGUAUACCUGUUUGUAAGUUAGAAAGUAUUUCUCCGCUUUUAACUUUAAUUUCCAAAUAGCUUGAUAUGAUCUUUUUAUUACGGGUUAUCUUCUGACUUGCUGUUCUAUACACUCAAAGAAUUGUUAAACUGAAUAGGAAUAAUUUUAUUCUACAAUCACUGAAUUUGUAUAAUCUGCUGAUGAAUGAGAGUUAGUUUUAAUAAGUGUACAUAAAAGCAGUCAUCUUAUUGCCAAAUACUCAACAAAACCAAUCCGUUUGUUAUUCUGAGUUUAUCCAAAAUACUCCCAAGACUCAUGCUGUACCGAUAACGGCGGAACCCCUAAAUUCGUUUAGGAAGAUGAAUCAACAACAAAUGUUCUUUCUAUUGUAUACACCAAAUUUUGUAAAGGUCGAUUGGCAGCAUUUAUUGUGGGGAGUAGAAGAGCCUUACUAAACUGACAAGUAAGGGAGAAGCUAGUACACCAAACCAGAAUGUAACUCACUGGACAGUCAUUCUUAAUACCUUCUGCACCGAGUCCUCUAAUGACUUGUAUUUUUUAAACAGGGUAAAGUGAAUGUGUUGCUUUGCGAACUCAGGUAUUAUGAGAAGGUAGGAAUGUAGCUAGAAAUGUAGAGACGUUAGGUCAGUCGCUAGAUGUAUUUGUGAAUUUGGUUUGAAGGACACCCUGGAAAGGUUGGAAUUUUUGUUCCAUUCUUCACGUAACAUUCGGUUUACAGGGACUCAUAUUUUAUUUGUGCUUAAUGCUAGUAGGGGGAAGUUCAUUAUCUUUGGUAUCUAUCUGCUGUUGCUUAUCUGACCUUCUGUCAUAGAGGAAUCAAUCAACAAUAAUAGUCUUUGGUAGAAUUUUCUGCCAUGACAAGUCAAUUUUUAUCCCCGAUUUGAAAGAUAAAUUGGCUGACUGACCCCCUCCUCUCCUUCAUAGCAUUUGUGCAAAUGGAAAGCUGAAGAGUUACUUUUAAUCCAAACAGAGAUCUGGGACAUAAAUUUGAAAUGCACGGGCUCACCUUUUCAGAGGAGGUCUGCGUAGGUACCUUGUUGCUGUUUUACAGCUUGCGGCUCGUCAGCAUUGGAGAGAAUAGAGCAGAAAUUGCUGCUGCAGGUGAUGGGGAUGAGUCUGAGAUCCAGGGGCGAGACCCCAGGCCUUGAGCAGAAGCUCUGACAGCCGCUGGCUUUCCUUCCCUGCUUGCCUCAGGUGGGGCUUCUGUCCCAGGAGCGGAGCCGCAUCUCUGUGGUGCGUCAGCAGCAAGUUCUUUCCUCGAGAGGGCUGUGCGUGGCUGCCAGGAGCUCCCAGAUGCCAGGACCUUCCUAACCUCAAGGUCCUGCAGAUGGCAACAGUGGCGUGGCAGGAUCAGGCCCCGCAGCCAUUUUGCACGCACACCAGCUGCUUUCUAACGGUGAGGCGUGCUGGUGGCUGCCAUCUCGCUUGUCUCAGCUUGCUGGCCCGCACUGCUGGCUGGGGCACUGUGUGCUGUGGGACCCAGCUGUAGCUCCGGCAUCUUCUGUAGGUCUGAAAUGUUGAGCUUCUCCAGUCCGCUGUCACGCAGGGGCUGACGGGAGCGUCUGAGCCGCACGCACAGGGGCUCCUCUGCACGGGGCGGGCACAGCCAACUCAGGUUCACUGUUUUAAGUCUUGUCCUUCGAACCAACCUUUUUAAACAAAAAACUUGAAUUUCUUUUUAUUACAUUUUUUAAAACUACAAAACAAACAAAAAAAUCUUCUGUGAAUGUGCUAUUUACCGUUCAUUCUUUCUUCUUUCUUGGUUUUGAUUUGAAGCUAUGAAGCUUGGUGUCUGUGAAGUGUUGUUAUUUCUGUAUUUCUCAGGAUAAUAAGCGGCAAUCAUCCCUGCCAUGCCGAAGGCAGGAGAAGGGGGGAAACGUGGGGAACUACUUUAGGUGUGAAGCUGAUUUUUAAGUUUUAGAUGAUGUGUGAAUUGGGGGUGAUGCAUGAGACGUCAGGAUCAAGCCGUAGCGUUUCUCUGGGUUCUCAGUGUGUUGUUUGCAACGCACAGCAGCUCAGGGAUAAGUAUUUAAACGUGACCCAGAGAAACCCUAAGUUUUGAUGUUGCAGUGGUUGCUUCUUUCAUGCCUUGUCUGGAGGACUCUGAGAUCUGAACGAAGCCUCCCCUGGAGAUUUUGGGGGCACCGUUCUGGGUUUGCUGCUGGGAAGCGCGCUGCCUUCCGCUCAGUGCCCUGGGAAUGGCAAAGGGCAACGUGCCGUCCUCGUGGGGAGCUGCACUUCCCCUGCGGGCGCGUCACCACGGGGAGUGGGAGAUUCCCCCUGCUUCCAUCUUCAAAGCAGCUCACAGAAUCAUGGAACUCUUUGGGUUGGAUCACCAAAUCCAACCGAUGUACCCCAUCCUUUUUUUGCCCUCUAUGUCAAAUGUGUUCAGUGCUCACGGGAAAGCUAAAAUUGGGUGCUAGUUAAUAGGACAGAGUCUCUGGCAGACAGUCCCAUCCCUGCUGUCGGUUGGUUACUUAGGAAUUGGAGCAUUUUAAUUUCCAGUUGGUGCAGCUUCCUCUUCAUGCUUGCUCGGAGCACUGUCUCUCUCAGACGCAUGGACAGGGCUCUCUGCAGCUGCUGGGGACACCCACAGCAGCACCGGGCUCUGCAGAGCAGCAGCACUGAGCCCCCGGGGUCAGCGUCGGCAGUGGGGCCGCAAGCCGCGGCCGGGGCGUGUGUGCAGAGGUUACAGCAGCUGUGCAGAGAGCUGGGGCAAUGCAGGCAAUGUCUCUGCCGUGAAAAAAAAAUUGAAAAAAGCAAGAGAUACUGUGCGGUUGACCUCUAACAGGUCUAUGAAAGAAGCAACACAGCUCAGUGGCAGAAAUGCCCCUAGGGGCAAAAAGAAACAGAAAUUGAAACCAGAUGACGAUCAACCUUAACAAAGCCUUUUGUCGAUUCAUUGUUUUCUUACAAUUUAUAAAAUGUCUUGUAAUAGUUGAUAACAUUAUUGACUCAAUUUCCAUGACAAAACUACCUCGUGUGACAUCCUGUUUAUCAUCUCAAAGGGAUUGUGUGAAAAACAAAAUGCUGCCGGUGUUUGGUGCUGGUGCGGCCCAGAGAGAGCGUCUGCAGUUGUUGCCCUGCUGCUGGCGGUGGCUGUGUGAUGGAGCGAUGCUCUGCGCCUUGGCCACCGCCGCCCCCAGGCGCCGGGUGCCACGCAGUGCUGAAGGUGCAGGGUGAGAGCGCUGCGGUGCCGUGCAGGGCUGAGCUCUGCAUUCCCUCCUGGUGCAGCACGGUGCAGGAUGUGCUCUGCCGGCUUGGCUUUGUUGGAGCCCAGCCUGGAGCAGGCUGCAGCCCCGUCCCUGCGCUGCUGGCCUGGGGCUCGCAGAGCUUUGCGUCCUGGCUCAUAGGGCAUUCCCAAAGCGGGAUGGUCCUAGUGCGUAGGACCCUCCGCAGACGUUCCCAGAGAUGGUUUCUCCCAGCAGCACGCUGCGUUUUUCCCACAAUCCCUUGUGUAAAUCAGGGAAGCCGGAUGUCUCCUGGCAUGGCAUGCUGUUACAGCUGGAGCUGGCCUGGCCUCGCUGCGGCCUCACCGGCGUCCCCCAGCCCGCACGGGGCACAGCGCUGUCCCCGCUCCGCUGCUCUGCUCUGUGACUUGACUACCUGUGGAAAUGUGACCAAUAAGUGUUGAACGCAUGUUUAGCGAGUGUUAGCUGUAUGAACUAAUAAAUGUGAAUUGUUCUGCA